AUGUGUCUACAACGCUGCACCUAUUCCACGCACUCUUCGUGCCGCGACUGGGAUCACCAAUACUGCGGCCGCAACGGUUGCAUUGGGCGUGGGUCAGGAGCGGUGCCCGCGGGCACGGGGGUACAGCAGUCCGUCGGUGAGCCCCCUGCUGCUGGGUCGGUGUCCGCAGCUGGGGCUUCAGCAGAGGGACAGGCGAUCCUGAACACGGCGCAGUGCGCCGCUGGCGGUCGAUGCAAUCAGGGAGGAGAUGGAGCCUUGAGCGGCCGGUGCCAUUCGUGCGAGGCUGCUUGCCACGCCGUAUGCAUGCAAGUGGUCAACGAGGGCCACGCCUGCACGUUCUGCCGUCCCGAGCAAGCAGGUGGGGCCAACGGCGGUGAAGCAAGCAAAGGAAAGGAGAAGCUCCGUACGCCGCAAGCGGAUCUGCACACAGCAACUUCCACAACCGCUUCCUCCUCAGAAAUCUACAUACCACGUGAUCCUCGCUUAGACGGCGGAGGGGCGGCCAGCUCCCGGAAAUCGCCUUCUGGUCCAGCAGAAGCCGCCAAGACGCCCUCAUCCGGGGGUCAAGCUGGACAUGCAGACACGCCAGGCAAGCUGGGGUGUGAAGCCGUUCUGGUGCAAGAUGUUUAA